GACAACGUGAUCUUCUUCGGGCGGAAAGUCAGUGUCGUCACCAGAAUAGGACGGUCAGAGCGAGAUUCAUCUCAGAUCCGAAACAAUCAUAAAAAAUGAACACGAACUAUCAGAAGGUGCCCCAAAAUAGGGCUAUCAGGUGUCUUGGUGUGGGAAGACUUGCCCCGGGUAACAAUACGAUUUUUCCAUGUUGAGACAUCAUCACAGCAGGGACGAGGCGCUUGGGAGGUCGAUAUACUCGAACGGUCUUAUUAGUCGACUAUUGAAACACAACCCAAGUGGGGCGUCGCAGUUUGAAGGGGCCCGAGAGGAGAAAUCGGGCGGGGAACUCAGUAAAGGUGUUCGAAUAGGGUCGAUACAAUGCCCGCAGUGUCGCCUAGUGUCCCGCAGCAAGGAAUACCGUGUCCAGCACUCAAAAAUUUCAAGCGGUCAUUCUGUGAGAGGUAAGACUCAGCCCCAGAGUGAAGAUCGCCAGUCGCGUUGGACGUGUAAUGUAACCUCUGAGCAUACCACGGUAAACGAUCGGUUGGUUAAGAGGUGAAUAUCCAGUAUCGAGUGCCCGCUACGAAAGACCGUGUGGAGCCUCAGGGAGGAGAGGAGACACGAC